GAGAGACCCUAUAGACACAAGGCGGACCAAAUACACUACAUCGUCUCGAACUUCCAUGGCUUGUCCUCAUGCUGCUACUGCUACUGCUACUGCUGCUCUCUUUGUUAAAACAAUUCACCCUAAUUGGUCUGCUACUGGCAUCAAAUCUGCUCUAAUUACUAUCACUUUCAUUAUGGAGCCAGAUGCUGUAGUUAAUCCAGACCUAGAACUUGCUUUUGGAUCUGGAAAUAUUUAAUCCUGUAAAAGCUAUUGAUCCAGGGCUUGUAUAUGAUGCUUCCAAAGAAGGCUACAUAAAAGUGUUUUGCAACAUUGAAUAUAAAUCAGAAUUGGUAAG